AUGGGUAAAAAACCAGUUUCUCCAUUUGUGCGAGCUCACGUGGUAGCUUUGCAUGAUGCCGGCUUCAAUCAGGUCCAUAUUUCAAAACAACUGAACAUUUCCCGAUGCUGUGCACAAAAUGCAAUCAAGAAAUACAAAGAUCAAGGUAAUUACAAUGAUUUGAAGAGUUCAGGACGGCCUAGAAAGGUUGAUGGUCGCGGUCUUCGACAUCUGAAACGAUUGGUUAAAGGCGAUGAACGCCUUAGUGCAGCGAAAAUCGCUACGGAUCUUAAUGCUAGUUUGCCAAAACCCAUUACAACACGAACAGUUCGCAACUAUUUAAAGGAACUUGGCUUUGAAGAUGUGGUUAAAGUCAAAAAGCAGUGGUUAGGUGUCAAACAUCGUAAACAACGAAUGGCCUGGUGUACACAGCAUAUGAAUUGGACUCGUGAUGACUGGAAGAACGUGAUUUUUUCAGACGAAUCAACGUUUUAUGUUUUAAAACGAAAGAAUCAGCGCAAAACUUGGCGAUUAGACAAAGAAAAAUUGUUGCUGGAAUGCUUAGAACAAACGAAUAUUGGUGAUGGCGGCAAGGUUGGUAUUUGGGGUGGUAUUUCAGACGUAUGCACAACCAAUACAAGGAUUUAUACUGAAAACAUGAAUGGACAGUUGUAUUGUGAUGUUUUACAAAAAGAAGUAAAGCAGUUUUUGGCAAAAACACCAACAACAGCGAAAAUGGUAUUCCAACAGGAUUUGGCUCCAUGGUAUACGUCGAAUAUAGUGAAGGAAAAAAUAGUCAAGUUGAAGUUGAAUAUGCUUGAAUGGGCUCCAACAAGUCCGGAUCUAAAUCGGAUAGAGAUGCUGUGGUCUAUUCUAGACAAAAAAUUGGUUGCAAAGCCCAUGUAUUCCAAAGCAGCUCUCAUCGAUCGUCUCCAAGAAGAAUGGAACAAUAUCGACAAGGAUCUAUGCAUCAAAUUGGUCGAGUCGAUGCCAGAACGCAUUUAA